CACGAACUUUUCAACAAAAAGGCAAUUUUAAUUGCAGAUUUCGCAAAAAAAUAGUGUAAUUUUAUCACUUGUGCUGUGAUAAUCAAUGGUAGAUAGUCUAUAAGUUGUGUACAGUGUUACCUGAAGAAAUAUAUUGAGUUUUUGUUACACUCGGAGGUACUCCGCAUUUUGAGCAUCAGCUAAAGAAAACUCGUAUAAUGGGUCGUAAAAAGAAGAAGGCAUCAAAGCCAUGGUGCUGGUACUGUAAUCGUGAAUUUGAUGACGAGAAAAUCCUGGUACAACAUCAGAAGGCAAAACAUUUUAAAUGUCACAUUUGCCACAAAAAACUCUACACCGGACCAGGGCUUUCGAUUCACUGCAUGCAGGUACAUAAGGAAUCGAUCGAUAAAGUUCCGAACUCGUUGCCAAAUCGGUCCAACAUCGAGAUCGAAAUCUACGGAAUGGAGGGAAUUCCCCCGGAAGAUAUUCGGGAACAUGAAAAGCAGAAAAACGGCGGUGGCAACCGGUCGGACUCGGACGACGACGAGCCCGCUGUAAAGAAAACCAAGCCGGACGUUCCAGUUUCCCAAGGAUUGAUUAUGCAAAAUAUGAUGCCACCCCACAUGCAGCCGUAUGGAAUGAAUCCGAUGAUGGCACCAAUGGGACACAUGCCCUACAUGGUUCCUCCCGGUAUGCCCAUGAUGCCUCCGAUGCUGGGCGGUCACCCAAGGCCUCUUUUCCCAGCAGCGGCUUCAACGACAAUGACUGCUAAUCCUGCAAUCAACAAGGCAACCUUUCCUGCCUACAGUAGUGCCACAAUCAGUGCACCCCCCACAACCAACACGGCCAAUGCUGCUAGUGCGGCAUCCGGCGAUGCGUCUAAAUCUUCCACUGUGAUACCCGCCACGGGCACAACCUCAAAGAUCAUUCAUCCACCGGAGGAUCUCAGUUUGGAGGAAAUUCGAGCCCGUAAGCCGCAGUACCACAAAAAGAUUAGUCUUGCAACGCAGCAGUUGCUUCAGCAGAAACAACAGGAAAAACAGCAGCAACAUGCCGCCGCGGCCGUCGCAGCAGCAACGGCAGCCGUACAGCAGCAGCAACAGCAACAGGUUCAAGCUCAGCUUAAAGCCUUCUCAUCUGCCGCUGCCGUGAGUGGGACAAACACGAUAGUGACCAGCCAUCCGGCGAAGGACAGCCGAUUGCUGUCUCCCCAAGAGCAAGCAGCUGUGAUAGCGCACGCUCAGGCUGCCGCAGCGAAUCACCACCAAAAACAGCUCGAGGAACUGAAUCGGGCGGCGAUGAUCCAACGGUUUCAGGCAGCGAAUGCAGCAGCCGCAUCCGCUGCGGCGUCCAGGCCUGGAGUACCAAUUGGAAUGGUACCAGUCUCUCUGAACCAUCAAAUGCAGCUUAUGCCACCGAUGAUGCGGCAGGGACUUGCCAUCGGUCCCCCCGGAGCAGCUCUAUUAGGCGGUAAUAUGCUCCGCCCUGGUCCCCCUCAAAUGGGCCUCGGUCCAGGCGGGCUGAUCACGCAGAUUCCCGGCAUGCCCGCGAUGAGUAUGAUGUUCCCUGGGCCGCCGAUGCUCCCGAUGCUACCGCCCCGUUUCCGGUGAUCAGUUCAGGGUCCACCGGCGCUGAUGCUACCAGCCAACGGAUCUUCCCUGCUCAACCUAGCUCUGCCGAUUGUGUUUCCCUAGGACAGUUGAGUAGGACUUCGUCAUCGUUUACCGGUAGAGGAACAGUGAUUCGAGGUUGGAUGCGGAACGCAGCGAGGAUCAGCAGCGAUUCUCAUUUGAAAGCAAGUGGCAAUUUUUCUCUAUUUAUGCAACUGUAUAUCUUAUCACUUACGUAGCAAGUAGCGAAAACUAAUAUUAUAAGGUGAUUCACAACUGUCUCUGUAGAGAGUGCGGUGUUAUUAGUUUUGGUAGAUUGAGUUCUGCUCAGAACCUAUGAUAGGUUUAUGAUGAAAUGUUUGCUGAAGAUAUAAAAUAUUUUGAAUAAGUGAGCCUAUUGCAAUAGAACAGGGAUAGCUUGUGACGAAUAACUUUUACAUAUAUGUUAGACAUCAGCGACGAUACCGUCGAGAUAGUUUCUUCUGAUGUUCGUGAAAUUUUUGUGAUGGGUUAGUAUGAAAGUAUCAUGAAUUGAUUACAUCUCAAAUUACAACUGUCUGAAUACCGGCACCAUUUCAAAAGCAAUUCUCGAGGAAUCGUUUUCAUCGUAGACUAUUACCUAAGAACUUAGAUAUUCAAAUGCUGUUGUUCAGACAACGAUGAGAUUGGUGUAAUUCCAUGAUACUAAUCCACGCAGCCCAUUCAAAUGAUGCUAGUUUUCUUAUAGUAGAUAUCUGUACCGAUAAUGAAGAGCAAACAAGCAAAAUCUAUAUAUAUUUUUAAUAACAUCUCAAUGUAGUUGUUACCCGUGUAUUUGAACAAACAGCACAAAGGCAGUGAUCGUUCUUAAUCCGUAUAUAUUUAACAGGUUCUUUGCUUCUGAUCCGGCAAUUCUAGGCAAUGCUUUCGAUCAUUAGACUCGCUGCUAAUUACCCUACACACUGCACAUGUUACGAGAUCCCGUUCUUCAUAACGCGAACUACAAGGGGUAUGUCAUUAAUAAACUUUUAUACAAUUUUCUAUGUCAGUAGAAACCUUUCCGAGAACUUUGCUAAGAUUGAUCACCAGUAAAAAUAUGCAUUAAUGUCGCAUAAAAAAGGCGAAGCAAUACAAAUAGUGCGGGGCAUUUUUUUUGGAUUGUUUAGGUACGAAGAAAAAUAUGAUCCCUGUAAAAAGUCCUGAUUCGAUUUGUCGAAACUUGCUCAAGCAAGUUCGGAUCAGUGCAACCCAUAUUUCUCUUCGUGAAUCAGAAAAUCAACAAAAUUUUACAGUCACCAAUGUUGGAAGAAUAUUAUUAAAAAAGUUAGGAGUUUGGUUAAAAGUUUGAUAGAAAAAAUACAAUAUAUGCAUAGCCCCCAUUACAGAGAGGUUCAUUGUAGAGCAAUCAAGAGAUCACCAAAAUUCAUUUAAUUUCUUAGAGACAUCAAUUAACCAGUGUUCCAAUCACACAAAAUACUAACUGUUUUUAGAAGUAAGCGAUCUAUCGAUAAUAGCCCAACAAUAAUCGUAUUUAUCCUGUAUGUUUCAUUUGAACAGAGGUUUCUCGUAAAACACGAAUAAUAGCGCUAGUGAAAGACCCCUGCCAAGCGCCCCUAAAAAAGUAGGUACACACUAUUAACCACUACUGUAUAACUGUAUGACUCACUAGACGCAAGGUAAGGGGUUUCAAUUUAAUUGUUCACCAAGCCAGUAAAACAAACUCAAAGAUAGCAAAAGACGACAAAUCAUCGCACUCUUGUUCUUGAUGUUGUCCGCACGUAGGACAGGCGGAGGAUGUAUCCCAUCCAGAUACCAACCCCUGCAAGUAUACGCCUGAUUUUCGUUUCAUUUUUAUUCUUCAUAUACUUUCCUUUAGUUGAUUUUGCGAAAAAAAACUUGCGUCUUUGCUAGUGCCUUGCGCGCAGUAUGACGAAAUAAGUUGUCGAAACAGUAAACAUGCUAAUCUGACACUCCUAAGGGAUGUAACUGGUUGAUUUCCUCCGUUCGAUGGUGAAGGCUUUCAUUGUGCGUGUGCGUGUUUUCCUUUUACAAUUAUUUGUUGCUGGAUGAAAUAUUUUAAGGUAUAUAUUGCCUAGGUAUAUACACUGUUUUGUUUAUUUCUGACACACCUUUUGUAAUGGGUUUUCGUUAAUCACUUUUCGAGGAAUGACUUCCGUUUAGUUCUACAACUGCAUCUAAAGUCGCUUACAAGACGUAAAAAAUACCAGUAAGGAAAGGGAAAUCGCAUCAGAAUGACUGGCUUUUUCGGGUUGUGUAUUCAUUACAUCGUGCAGGGCCAUUACUUGUAGCUUGAAACUCACUUUCAUUUCAUCCCAUUAUUAAUGUUCUGUUUAAGUUUAUUAAUCAAAAAACGCAUAAUUUAAACGCGUAAGUACACACAUUCUUGUCAUACACUAUUUUUUUGUUUUUACCUACCAAACAACCUCAAUAUUCAUCUAUUCUAUCCACGCUCACCACCGCUGCAGGCAAGUAAACAUUAUUGGUAGUAGUUACACCUGGUUGUAAUCGUAAUUUAAAUUGUGUGGUGUAAGUGGUUGGAUGACGAGAUCGAGAAGAUAUACUUUCGGAAAAUUCAAUGCAGGUGCACCUUUAUUCAACUGUAAUUAUGUUCAUAUUUAAAAAUAUCAUCUACAGUAAAAUUUGAAGCUAAAAAGAGGCUAGAAAAAUUAACAUUUACUAAACGAGCAGUUGAAAGAUUCUAAAUUCAUUUUCCAAGGUUAAAGUCUUUGUAUCAUUCGCUUCCAAAACCAUUUCAUAGCCAAUCAGAGUUCAUCCAACCGCUCCACCUGGAUUUUCUAGCAAAUAGUCAUGUUUUGGUAUGUCAUCAUUCUCCAGCUCUUAGAGUUGCAAUCCGAUAGUAACUCUUUUGCAAGGUCGAAAAACUCACUUCAACUUGUACUUUUGCUUUAUUUCUUUCCUCUUCAAGAUUGUCGCGCGAUUGUCGUUCGCUCGCAAGCCCUUUAGAAACCAAAUCUCAAGACUCAAGAAAAGCCGGACCUGAUCGAAGAACUGAUAAGUACCUCCAGAAGUUUACCUCAUUUUAUUAUUUUCAUCAUUUAAUCCUAAUAAUACGUGAACAUUCGCAAGCAAGCUUUUACGAGCUCAGGAGCUGCUAGGUCCCAGGCAGGUGAUGGCCGAAUGCAGCCUUGUUCGGGGGCGCUUCGGCAUCACAAAUUUGAUGUUGGAUAUUGGUUUAUCCCUUGUCGAAACCGGUUCGUUGAAGACAGUUCUUCCUAGUUACAGCCGAGUCUUCAACCAACUUUUAUCGGCAGGCGACACAUCGACGGAAGAAGAGUUGAAGCUACGGUUGCUCUCGUUUGAUUCCCAACUAAAAUGCAAAAAAAAUGAUCUAGCUUCAAAUCUUCCCCCGUAAAAACCUUGUGUCACAUCAAUUCUGUUGAGUGAGAAGUCCCUUGUUGCAACCAACAGGCGAAAUUUCGGAUGCCGAAAUAUCACAGCCUCAGUUUAGUAAUUAUUUCAAUGUAACGGAAGAGGUUUCUAUUUAUUUCCAUUCAAACAAUUAUUCUAUGUAUUUUUUCUUACAUAUACAUAUGACAAUAGGCAUAAUGUUAAUCGAUCACGAGGCUGUUGGACUUUUCACCCCCUGCCUGGGAACUUCACCGUCGUCAAAUCGGUUCAUGCUACUACAACUGUUUUACUUUACCUAGGUUUAUUGAUUUGUACGAAGUAAACUGCCUAAAAGUAAUUGAGGGUUCUCUCCAACAACUAUUAACACUUACCAAUUAUGAGACAAACAAUUUCUGUGCGAUUACAUUACUCUACGAAUUUUCAAUCAAAGCAAUAUUUGGUUGUGUCCUUUUCAUUUUAGCAAAACAAUCUCUACUUGAGUUUGCUCGAUCGGUACAAAAUCAUGUUCGCUUAAUAAGCUUAUACCGAUUGACAAAAAUAAAGGGACUUCGACAGAGCACAGGGUCGAUUAACCCAGCAACUGAAAAAAAACAGGAUUUUAAAUUUGUAGAGUCAUGUUAGUCACUCAUUCACGCUUCACUCUGAGGGAGAAUAGAUUUUUGGCAACUUAUACGAUAUUUUCUUGCAUUGAAUAAAAAAUAACGUGGUGUGUUGUAAUAGUGAGAAUGACUCUGUCCAAAUAUUACAAUAGACAUUAAUUUAGUAUUGAUUUUGUAGAACGUAUAUCGAGCAUUUCCACUGCGAAAUGUUAGAGAUUUCUGCCUUUUUCCUGUAUCUUCCUUUUCCCGACCCCAGUAUGGAAUAUGAUUAAAAUUUUCCGCUAACUCAUCCACACACCAUAUGCCAAUUUUCCCAAGCUGUGUAACGCAUAGGAUAUUUUCCAUCAGGUCGCUUUUAAUCCUACAUUGAGAACUACAUACACACACAUUCAUCCGGUAAUUGUUCAUUAUUAACAGCAUAAAAUAAAUCAACCAUUAUCUUCGGUAUGGGGUAGAUCGUAGAGGCCAUUCUUCAACACUUCUUUCGGCUAUAUUUCAUCAUGAUAACAAUGAUUUGAAAUUACAAAUCAACAUCAGCGACAUGUUCAGUAUAACUAACCCCCCCCCAACAAAAUCAGUAGCUGAUAUAAUUACUCGUAAGAUUGAUUAAAAUUCUUGAUAAUUAUUAAAAAACCAAAUCGAAAGUGAUUGCUGAACUAGUGAAACCUUGCAACAAGAUUAAAAAGCAAUGUGUAUCUUUUACCAUCGGUUCGUUUUAACGCUCUGGCAGGUUCGUACACUUUUACCAUAUAUAGUAGAAUAAAUAACACUUACAAUAAUAUUAUUUUGCUUGAAAACGAAUCCAUCUGUAGUGCAACUUUAUUAAGCGUAAAAGUCUUCGAGAUAAAAAAAACAAUAAAAUAAUACAAA